GCAGCGUUUCCUGACUGAUGUUCUCCAUGAGGUGAUGCUGCUGGACGGUCUGGCCAGCUCCCAUCCUAUCUCUCAGGAGGUGUACGACGCCACGGACAUAGACAGAGUGUUCGACUGGAUCGCAUACAAGAAGGGUGCUGCUCUGAUCAGGAUGCUGGCUAACGUCAUGGGGCAACAGGUGUUCCAGAGAGGACUCAAUGAUUACUUGAUGACACACAUGUACAGCAACGCGGGCAGAGAUGACUUAUGGAACAAACUGACUGAGGCCAUGCAGAAGGAAGGGAAGGACAUCAACAUUAAGGAGGUGAUGGACUGCUGGACCCUUCAGAUGGGUUAUCCUGUUGUGACCAUCAGUAAGAACUACAGUCUGGACCACAGCGUCACCAUCACACAGGAACACUUUGUCUACGACAGGGACGCCAGGUUCAGAGACCCUGAACUUUUCAACAGAAGUCUCCAGUGGCAGAUUCCUCUGACUUUAGCAGUGGGGAAUUCGACUUACAAAUCAUCAGAAGUCAUCCUCUGGAUCUCCAAUAAAACAGAGACACACAAAGUGGGCCGGAUGGACGAUGACAUGUGGUUGCUAGGCAACAUCAACCAGACUGGGUACUUCCGGGUGAACUCGACCUCCACAACUGGAGGCUCCUCAUUGGACAGCUGAUGACCAACGCUGAGAUCAUCUCUGUCGGCAACAGGGCGGGGCUCAUCGAUGAUGUCUUCAAUCUGGCCAGGGCUGGCUACCUGCCCCAGAACGUGCCCCUCCAGAUCAUCUGCUACCUACCCCAGGAGAGAG